AAAAAUGCUGACAUUCUGCCCGGAAUGCGGCUGUGUUCUACAAAUCGAGUCUGGCGAACAAUGUAUGAGAUUCUCGUGUCCCGCGUGUCCCUACGUGUGUCCCGUUACACAAACUGUCACAAGUCGUAUAUAUCCAAAACUUAAGGAUAUUGAUGAUGUGCUCGGUGGUCCAGGAGCAUGGGCUAAUGCUCAGGUUACCGAUGAAACGUGCCCGGUAUGCUCCCACGGCCGGGCCUAUUUCAUGCAACUUCAGACAAGAUCCGCCGAUGAACCUUCGACAAUCUUCUACAGAUGUGCUGAUAACGCGUGUGCUCAUCGAUGGAAAGAUUAAUUAAUUUAUUGAUUUUUUGCUGCUUUUUUGUUGAUUUUUUGUCCCAAUCAUUGUUGUUUUGUGGUUCGUUUUCAUUUCCUUAUAAAACCUGAUAUAGUU